GUCCGACAUAUCGACAGAACAGGUUUCUUGUCCACGCUCCGACCGAAGACAAAGACGAAAAAUCCAGCUUGCAAUGGCGUCGAACAGUAGAGAAGCAAGGAGGAAGAAAAUUUUAGAAAGAGGAUCCGAUCGUUUGGCCUUUAUCACUGGUCAGAUCAAUAACGUUCCUCCGUCUCCGCCUUCUUCUUCCGGUCCCACUUCUCUUUCUCAGUCUCAUCUCCGCACUGACGAAUCCUCGUCGGACACGAUUCCUCCUCGUGAUAAGAUACACACUGAUGAUCGAGAAGCAGCUUUCACAAGUCAUCAGGAAAACAUCUCCGCUGCUUCGAUGGUUGAUAAUGUGGAUCAUACCAUUCAUCAAAGGACAGCAGAAUCGCUUCAGCCUCGGAAGUAUCCUGGGACAUCGGCAGAAGCCUCAGCUUCAGAACCUAGAGAGACAACACUACAACAGUUUCCUGCAACAUCAAGCACUCAAACCCCACCAGUGGUAGAUUUGGGUACUUCUCAAGCAUUUACUCCUCUAGUCAGUUCGAUAAACACCAUCACUCCAAAGCAAAUUGGAGCCGCCAUUGAUGCUUCAGAAUACGCACGGAUGUUCUCAUCACUCGUGAUUGCACUUCUGGUCAUACUAUCUCAUCUCGGGUUCUCUUCCCUAGGAAGCAUAAUAAGCUUCAGACCCGUUUUCUUGCUUCUCUUGACCGACGCCACAAUCGUGCUUGGACGUGUUCUGCUGAGCCAUCAUGGAUCUCCUUCCUCAGCGUCAAGACGAGAAAACUCGGGACAAGGCAUAGUGGACCAAGUGGGCAACGCGCUGGAGACAGUCAUGAUGGUAAAGAAGAUAAUGAACGCCAUCUCUAUGGAUUUUAGCUUAUACGCUGUGAUUCUCAUAUGUUGCCUUUUGUUCACACAAAGCAUCUUUGCUUAAGUCAUGGUUUCUCUGUUCUCCCCCAAGUAGGUUUGUGAUCUGUAUACACUUCUGACACAUCCUCUAUAUACUAAAGCACAAGUCGGUUGGCCAAUUAGAUACCGACAUGUGGAAUUUUUUUUAAAUAAUUAAAAUAUAUGUAAAAUGAAAAGAAACAAAAAAAAUUCUAACUAUUAUUUUCAGUUUUUGAAAAUUGUUUUAGACGCUAAAAGAAAAAAAAACACUUAUCAAUAAGAAAUAAACUGUUCGGUGGUUACAUUCCCA